AUGGAGAUGGUGAUGGAGAACCCAUCAGGGCCUUGGCGGUUGCGGCCCCCCUCUCGACUUACGUUAAGCCAGAGGGCCUCCCGGAUCUGCUCGCCUUCCGGAAGCAACUCGCUGGGGAAAACCAGACGCGGUGGGGCCGCCCCCUUGCAGGCUGACGCCGCCUCCUUCCUCCCCCGGCGGCUGCGACCCCGCCUUCCCUCCCCCAGCCGCGGCAGCUUCAAUCCCCGCGGGCCCUUGCGGGAGGAGUCAGGGCCGCCUUGGUGGUGGCGCCCCCUCCCUGCAGCCGAGCGGGAGGCCUCCGUGGAAGAAAAGCAGGCGGACGGGCCUCCUGUCUUGGAGAGACUUUGCAGCCCCGGCCUCAGCUGUUGGAAGGCGGCGGGCAUGGAAAAAGCAAAGGCUCCAACUGGAAGCCCCUGCGAAGGGGGGUUUCGAACCCUGGACUCCAAGUCUGAGCUGGCUGGCCAUGCCCCCCGCGAGAGGAAGGUGCCCAACCAGCUGGCAAGGCCGAAGCGCAAGUGGGAUGGGUCAGAUGCCGGGGCCUUUCAGUCUGCCCGCUGCCCGCUCACAGGUUCUGCCAACACGGCAAGGAGGAGUCCAAAGGCGAACAGAGAGCCCCAGGAGAAGGUCCCACGCCCGAGCGGCCACGGUUGUGCCCUGAAAUCUGCCGUGGCUGGCGGCUGGGGCCCACAUGGCCGUUCGGAGGAAUCCUGGCAGCCGGGGGCCACGGCUCAGGAAAUCGAGUCCCGACAAAGUGGUGCCGUGGAGAGCACUGGUGUGCACCACUCAGAAGAGGAGCGCAGCUCUGUGCGACGCCAGGCGUCGGGGAUGGGUAGCUCUAGUCUGGCGUGCAGAGAAGGCACACACGGUGGCGUGCACUUCAGCAGGUUUGGGGGGGUUAGGCCGGGCCUGGUUUCUUUACUGCCCCGCAGAAGUGGGCAUCAUCCAGAGACAAACCCUGGCUCCGUUCCAGAACAGCGAGGAAUCGAGGGAGGUCCGUCUGGAAUGCUUCCAAGGUCUCUGCGACCCCUCUGGGGGGCCAAGACUCUAUCUUCUCCUUCCGGCUGCCCCGUGGAAGUCUCCUCUGCGUCUCCAGCAGUGGGUCAUCUCCACCCUCCUCGUUCUCUCAAGUCCGGGCCGGUUUCUUCCUGGGAUCCCUCCUUAGGAUCCGUUGUCCCUGAUGCUCCCGUGUCGCCUUUGGGAUCGAGACCUGCCUGGGAGCCGAGUGCUUCCCCGGCCCUGCCUUCGCUCAAAGUCCUGGCGUCCGCCCCUGGAGCCGCUGUCGAGGUCCACGAGGGGCCUGGUUCUGGCACCGGAGAACCCAGCAGGGCCUUGGCGGUUGCGGCCCCCUCCAGUCUGUUUAAACAGGUCGUCAGGGGACUCCGAAAAGAGCAGGAACAGAAUCGGCGGGAGGAAUUGCGCAGAAUCCCUGGAGCCUGGUUCAAGCUUCCGCCCAGCGGUGCCUCGGAAGACCAGCUGGAUCCACGGCGGCCCAAAGACACCCUUGAAGUGGAACGGAAGGGAAGGCCUCUGGAAGCAUCGGUGGGGGAAGAGGGCACGCACCAAGUGCCUGAAGAACUGUCCAAACCCACCCUCGAGCUGUUGGAGAGCAGCGACAAGGAGGAGAAGGGACCCUACAAAGGUGCAGGACGUUGCACUCCAUUGGCUGGGCCUCCGGGCCAAGGUGACACGGAUGCCAAUGAGAUCGGCCCUGUCCCAGAGCAGGCAAAGACGUCGACGCUCAACCCCAAUGCCACGGAGUUCUGCUCCUCGAAGACGCUUCCGUCCGUGAGCAAGCCCCCAAGGACGCCCCCUUUCCCAGGGCCAUGCGCCCCCUCAACACCCACCGUCUCAGGGAUCACCCCAGGGCCAAGGGACACGCACAGCUGGCAGUGUGUCUCUUCCAUCCCACAGACCCAUGCGCCUCCGGCGGUGUGGGCAACCCAGAGGUGCCCCUGUCCAGUUUCGAACUCGGUACCCGGACAGGAGCCUUUCGUUAUGGAGUCGCUGGUGGGUGCCGGCCCGUGUCUCUCGAAUGUCUUUUACGGCCCCUGGUGGUUCAGGGCGCAACCCCCCAUGAUGCCCCUCGAGGCGCACCGUCCCUCGCAGCCCGUCUUCGCCCCCCUGCUGCAGAGCCCCCCCCCGGUUGACAUCUUGGCAUGGACUCCUACGUACCCUCUGGCAGAGCAGCCUACGCCCCAGAUGGUCUGCACCAUGGGACAUCCAUAUGCUUGUGCAGGGCACUGCGGAGCUUCCUUUGUGAACUACCAGAAACACCCGCGUGUCUGGCCCAAGGAGCAAGCCACGAGCCAGAAGGGAAAUGUCUAUGUGGGCCAAGGCCUCAAGAGCCAGUGUGGUGUAGUGGACAGGGCAGUGCAGAAGGAUCCUCGUCAACCUGGGUUCUAA